AUGAAGAAUAUGAUUAGGCUGUUCAAAGUUAAAGAGCAGCAGAGAGAACUUGCUGAAGCCAAUGGAGGAAAACAUGUCAAUAAGCAAACGGCUGGGCAAUUGCGCCUGAACAAAGAUAUAACUGAGCUGAACUUACCAAAAUCUUGUUCCAUAAUAUUCCCCAAUGGCAAGGACGACCUUAUGAACUUUGAGGUUUCGAUUAAACCAGAUGAAGGAUAUUACACAGGCGGUAAGUUUAAGUUUUCUUUUCAACUUUCGGCUAUCUAUCCACACGAGGCACCUAAAGUCAAGUGUAUGACAAAGUUGUACCACCCCAAUAUCGACUUGGAAGGGAAUGUCUGCCUCAACGUUCUACGUGAAGAUUGGAAGCCUGUGCUUAACAUAAACACCAUUAUUUAUGGAUUGUAUCAUCUUUUCACUGAACCGAAUCAUGAAGAUCCCUUAAAUCAUGAUGCAGCUGAAGUUUUGAGAGAUAACCCGAAGGAGUUUGCUAACAAUGUAAGAAGGGCCAUGUCUGGUGGGUAUGUGGGGGAAACUUGUUUUUCUAGGUGCAAAUAG